UUGGGGAAACUUGUACAGCUCACCAAAAGAUUCAACUUCAAUGGACCGUUCCGGCUUUGGCUAUAAGCCCCGCCCACCUUAGCAACGGCAUGGCAACGCCAUUAGCUCGGUCAAGUUCAGGUCAAAGUUAAGUAAACAUACACACGAUACGCAUGUACGUCCGUACACACAUCAACAAUGACGACGACGAGAGUGGAUAUUUUGCCAAAGGCGGUAGAUUUAAAUUCUUUUGGAAAGGAACAAAUUAGUAAACGGAGUAGAGUGAGGGGCUACAAUUUCUUUAAGAAUGGAUAUGUCCAUAAAAUUGCGCUGGAGCUAUUGAAGGAGGGUGAGGUGGCAGUUCAAGGGAAAUGCUUCAGAAGCAUGCGGAAAAGCGAUACACCGCAUUCCUUGAACGUGUGCUUUGGACGAGAUCAGGGUCUCAUAGCAGAAAGUAGAUGCAGCUGUGUAGCUGGGUUGUCAGGUACUUGUGCCCACAUCAUAGCACUGAUUUACACCCUGAGGCACUACCAGGACCUGGGGCUGAAGGAAAUUCCGGGGCAAUUGUCAUGUACAAGCCUGCCACAGCAAUGGCACAAACCCUGUGGGUGUAAAAUUCGACCCCAAUCUGUGGCAGGCUUGGUCAUGGCAAAGCCAAAGAAAACAAGAAAGAGGCAGCCUGUUGCAGCAAAAGUGACUAAGCAAAGUGUGUUGCUGCCUACUUGUGGUGAAAUCAAGCAACUGAAGGCCCUAGCAAACACACCACUAAACUACCUCCUUCACGAGGAUGCUGAACUGUCUGAUACGCCCCUAGGACAAGUUCAGAGGAGAUCAAGUCUGAAUUAUCAGAUAAAUGACUUGGCGGAAACAUCAAGCACAGUAACAACGCCAACUGAGGCACUCUGUGGAAACACAAGGUUCCCCCUUCAAACCACACUUAUCCUCAACUCCGAUUAUGCUGAUAAUAAUACUGCUACAGCUAUAACCCAAGAGGAAGCAGAGGCACUGGAACAAGCAACUUUUCAACAGGCAAACUGCAACCUAUGGUAUAAAUGCAGAGAACAGAGACUAACUGCUUCCCAGUUUGGUCGGGUAAUCACAAGAAAAAAGGAUGUGAACACUAAGUUUUUAACUAGCUUGUGCUCUCCACAGGUCAUACACAGUGAAGCAGUAUCAUACGGCAAAAAACAUGAGAGUACUGCAAAGGAGGCGUAUGUGAACAAGACCAACCUUCACAUACAUGAUUGUGGCCUUGUAGUAAACCCAGCCUUUAGUUUCCUGGGCGCUACACCUGAUGGUAAGGUGUGCGAUGCGGGUCAAACAGGAAUUCUGGAGGUAAAAUGCCCAUACAGUGCAAGAGACAUGACUGUUGCAGAGGCAGUAGAUGGAAUCCCCAACUUCUACAUGGCAAAGUUUGGCAAUGGCUUGCAACUAAAGAAGACCCAUCAGUACUUUCAUCAAGUUCAGGGUCAACUGAUGUUGACUGGAGCCCCAUUCUGUGACUUUGUUGUUUUUACAAGCAAAGACAUCCAUGUUGAAAGAAUAGUGCCAGAUACAGCAGUGUGGGAAGCCAUGCUCAGUAAACUGGGUUUAUUCUACAAGGAGCAUGUAACACCAUUUCUAGCUAAUACUUGAAAAUGAGAGAAACUUACACAUGUCAUGUUUAACUUCGGCAGGCUUUUUGUCAGGUACACUCGAUAAUUCCUUUUGAUUCCUUUCAUCAGAUGACUGCCCACUGUAAAAAAAACACCAUAAAACAAUAAUAGAAAUAACACGUCCUUAAAAGUUGAAUUUAGCAGUGCGAAAAUCGAAGCAUUUACUUAGAAAACGCUAAGAAUUGUUUAGAGCAGUCUCAUAGGUUUUGUGCACAGGGUGUCAAGUGUUGUCUGUGUAUGGAACUCUUUCCAUCAGAAUAUUUCAAUGUUGAAGAAGAUUACAGACCAAAUUUUGAGAAGUUUUUGAGCAUGUGUGCAUUAAAUGAAGACAUGUGCAUGCUGACUGCUCACUGCGCUGCCAUUUGAUUGGAUGCAACAUAGAUUUAUUAAGAUGUCAUGAAAUGUAAUUUAAUGAUGAAUUUUUUCCAUUAAAACCCUCCUUCUAUUUAGGCAGUCAUAGUCAGUCAAAAUUUCCUUCCACUUCCCCUGCGAUGCCUUUACACAGGCAAGUCAUAAACAGUCAGAUUAUUCCAAGCAGGCACUCUGACUGAUCAAAUCCAGUCAACAGACAAAAGCAGGAAGGUGGUGGCACAUCUGUAUCAAGCAGUCACAGCCAGUCAACCUUGCUUAUGGAGGCUGGAAGUUCUUAACUUCCAUAAGUUCUUAACUUCCAUCAGUCACUUGACUGAUAAUGAUAUUGACUGCACAAACAAUGGGGCACAGGAUGUGUGUUUGCAUAGGAGGGUUAAUUGCAUGAGAAUUCGUUCUUCCCAGUAAUUUGUUUAAAAUAUUUUAAACUGUGCCACACAGCCUUCAGAAGAUGUUCAUAAUGGAAAUGGCAGCUUUGCACAAUUGCCACAUUAACCUACCUGUUUUCUAGGUUAAGAAUACGUUUGAGUGGAGGCCUCCUGGCUUUAAAGAUGGCACUCCCAUCUGCCGGUAUGGGGUCAGGAUAGAUUGAGCUUGGUUCUUUGAAAUGCUGUGGAAAGAUGUGGUACCGGUACUAACGUUUAUAAUUUGGUUUUGGUUUUAUUUAAAACCCUGAACCUGUAAAAGUCUAAAGCUCAUUGUAAAUUUGAACUGGGCCAGCUCAUUGGGUAUUUUAAAAUGAAAAUAACAGAAAGAGUUCCAUACUCGGACAACACUUAACAACAGUGUUUUCUAAGUACCAAGUACCGGUGAAUCAAUGCUUUAAGUUUUUCACAGCUAAAUUUGACUUUUUAGGACAUGUCAUUGCUUUUCAUGGCUGAUAGGUCACUAUAGGGAAAAAUGAGCGUUGUCCGUGUAUGGAACUCUUUCCUUUUUUAUUUAUAUUCCAACAAUAACUCAAUAAUGUCAACUCAUUGUUUAUAUUAUAGAAUCUCAAUGCUGUAGACCACAUACAGGGUUUUUGCAAUAUUGCCAAGCUUGGUAAUUUUAAAGAUUUAUUAAAUUUAUAAUUUAUAAAAUGAAAUUUGUUAUUAUGAGUUGCUUUUAUUGUGGUACUUAU